AUGAGAAAUUUUACUUUGAAAAACCUCCAUGUAGCUCUUACGAUAUUUGUCAUCUUCAUUAUUAAUAGCUCUAAAGCUAAUACUGGGGUCAUUGAAGCAACGUUUAAAAAAAAUGAUCACGAUAAAGAAUUAGUAUCCCGACAACAAACGACAUUAAAUUGUGUUGAAUACAUUUACAAUGCCAAAAUUUAUAAAGCUUAUAUAGAAUCUGAUAAUAUAUUUGAGAAUGCAAUUUAUGCAAUAUUAAUUGUAGAAUGCAACAGCAAGUCCGUAACUGUUAGGCCUGACAAUGACGAAUCCAAACUAUUUAAAUACUUUAACGGACAGCCCGUUCCUAUGAAAACACUUGGCGGACUAAAACAAUUAGGAGAUAUAGGUGUAAUUCCUAUGAAUUCUGGAUGGUCUAUUAGUAAAAUUUAUUUACUCCAGGCAGACCCUUCUGAAUGUCUUGGCGCUCCUAAUACGGGAUUAAUUGGUAUGGCUAAGAUGUGUGUGAUUUACGAUUUGCCCGCCAACUAUGAAAAAUUAUAUGAAACGCCGUGCGCGAAGACAACUCCAAUAAUAAUAGAAGGUUGUCCUCGAAGUAACUCAACAGAUGCAAUUUUAAUAGAAAAACUAAAUAGAUUGCAAAAUAGAUUGGCCGAAUACUUUGCGUAUUCGGAGGAUAGAUUUAAAAAG